AUCACUAGAGCGCUGCGCAUCUUUGUGGAUGUGGAGUAAAACUGAGUCACUGUCUUUGAGGAAAAAGUGGUUCUGUUAGUGUCUAGUGGAUAAAAGGAACAAAGCACUCAGUGUUUCACGCACUAUAUCUAUUACUACACUUUUAAUGUUUAUUGGUAAAAACCGCAAGCUUUUGUGUGUUUUCGCAUUGACUGCGAGCAUUUCGGGGGCGGAGGGGCUGGGGGAAGAAAAUGAGUCGCAUAUGGUUUUAAGGCGAUUAAAAAAGACAUUUCAGCUGCACCAGAUUGCGAAUAUCCAGCUCAUCUGAUAAAGUCAGCAUUUUCGUACCACAACAUAAACAUUUAAUGGAAACUAACUGCAGUGUCCCGUAGAAAGCUGAGGAUCCGCUGUGCAGCAGUCUGUCGCCACAUCAUGCUGCUCUCCAUCGCGGUGUUUUCACUCUUCCUGUGUCCGUCGAGGAGCUCUAGGCUGUGCUCUCACCUGUGCCAGUGCUAUGAACACUCAGACUUGGUGGACUGCCAUGCCAGGGGCUUCGAGGACGUGCCUCACGGUCUUCCUCACGGGACCUGGCUCCUGGAUUUGGGAGGAAACAGACUCACGGAGAUCCGCAGUCGAGCUUUUGCUGGUCUGUGGUCUUUGCGUAUUCUAGUGCUUUCUGACAGCAACAUCCAGGCUCUUCAAUCCCAGGCUUUCUUCUCUCUAUCCUUUCUGGAGAAGCUGGACAUGAGUCAUAACAACCUCACCCAGAUCCCACCGAACUUCUCCGAGAGCCUAUCUUCCUUGCGUGAGCUGCGGCUGGACCACAAUGCACUGCAGCUGUUGAAACCUCCAGGGCUGGAACAUCUGGAGAACCUUGCGAAGCUGGACCUCAGCCACAAUCACAUCCAGUCUCUGGAACCCGGCGCUUUCCGAGGCCUGUCCCGUCUGCGGCACCUUUACCUGCAAGGGAACCACCUAGAUGUCAUUCGGGACAGAUCCCUCACUAUGUUGCCUGCUCUAGAAGUCCUGCAGCUAGGGAACAACAACAUCUCUCAGAUUGAGGUAAACGCACUCGCACCCUUACACAGUCUCUCGCUUUUGGGUUUAGAAGGGAAUCAACUGGAGCACCUGAAUUUUAAGACGUUUUUGAGUUUGCGCACGGCCACUACGCACCUGCUGUUGUCUGGAAACCCGUGGAGCUGCGACUGUGACCUGCACCGUGUUUUCAGCAAGCUGCUUAGCGUUCGGCACCUUCACGUUGACGACUACCAUAACGUAACUUGUCGGGAGCCGUGGCAGCUGGCCGGAGCCUCUUUGGCCUGGGUGGACAGUCAGCUGUGCGUGGCCGAGACAGUCACUGUGCUGGUCAUCACCGCUACCGUCAUCGUGACCGUCUUUGGUGCUUUGAUCAUGGCAGAGAGAAAACGCAAGAAGAGAAAGUACUGGGAGCAGAACGAUGGGGAAUCACAAUAGUCUGAUAAUGCAUACACUAAAACAUAAACCUCAAACUGGAUUCCUGGAGAGCCACAGCUCUGCAGAGUUUUGCUCUAACCCUAAUCAAACACAGCUGAUCCAACUAAUCAAGGUGUUCGAGACGACUAGAGACUAAUAAGCAGAUGUAAAUUGGAGGUGGUGGGAGAUAAACUGUGCAGAGCUGCAGCCCUCCAGGAAUUGAGUUUCAGACCAUUGCACUAAAACAUUGUUGUAACUCGUUGGGUCAAGUAGAAGUGUUUCCCAACCCUGUUGCUGUAGGCACACCAACAGUACAUAUCUUGGAUGUCUCCCUUAUCUGCCCAUUAACUUUAGGUUUUGGAGUCUCUUGUAAUGUUCUGAUGAGGUUAUUCAGGUGUUUUUGAAUAGGAAGAGUUUAAAUGUGUAUUGUUGGAGUUGAACCAGUUUGGAAGGCAAUGAAAUGAGGAUAAACCUAAUGUUGGGUUCAUUUUUUCAAUUAAAAUUAAAAUAAAUGUUUUUAUUACAUA